GUACCAUAUUUUUAGCUAAUAAGUAAUGGAUACAAACCUUUUAACUUUAGGUAGGUAAAUGGUAAUCACUUAUCAUUUAGUUAAAUAGUUAUGACUUCUGAAGAAGCGUAAUGCUAUUGAAGUUAUUUUGUGUAUUAAAUUAGUUUUAAGAAUAGUAAAGUUCAUUAUCAAAUUAAGUCAAUUUGUUUCAAUCCCUAACCAAUUUCAUCCACGUCUGUUAUUGUAAUUUUAUUAUAAUAAAAACUAUCAUCAGAUAUAUAUAAUUACUAUUUUUUUAUAAAAAUAUAAACAGAUAUUUUCUAACUAUGUUGCCUCCACACAAUGGUGAAAUAAUGCAUCUUAAUGUUGGUGGUACAAGGUUCUCAACAUCUAGACAAACGUUGACGUGGGUGCCAGAUUCUUUUUUUACAGCAUUAUUAAGUGGACGAAUAUCCAGUUUGCGUGAUGAUACUGGAGCAAUAUUCAUAGAUCGUGACCCAAAAGUGUUUGCAAUCAUUUUAAACUAUCUAAGAACUCACGAUAUUGAUUUAUCGGGUACCGAUAUCAGAACAUUGAGACAUGAAGCGGAAUUUUAUGGCAUCACACCUUUAGUUAAGCGACUGAUUCUUUGUGAAGAUUUAGAGCAGUCGUCAUGUGGAGAUAUUCUGUUUUAUAGCAUGUUACCAGCACCAAACCCUCCCACUCAAGAAUCGGAAACGGCUUGCAGUAUUGCUAAAGUAGAUGAUCAAACAAGACCAGGUUCAAUUGUUCGAGUUCCAGAACCUGUACCACCGCCUAAUUCUCCAUCAUCAAUUCCUCAUACUCAUGGCUACCAAAGUCGAUGUCAUUCUCGAAAUUCUUCUUUGGAUAUAUCAAGAGUUACUGUAAAUGGUCGUGGAUCAGUAAUUAAUGGACGUGGUAACGGUAAUAGUGGUCAUUCCAGAGCUGCAUCUUUAGGAAGUCAUGUACCAAAUCAUCAUUCCAGGACUUCAUCUGCCGAUCUCAAUAAAUAUAUUAGAAAUGAUGCUUUAAACCUGGUAUUCGGUUACAACCAAGGUUCCAACUGGGCAGAUCCAUUACGUGUUCAAAUUAUCAAAGCUCACCAUAAUUGGAUAGUUGUGGCUUAUGCUCAUUUUAUAGUUUGUUAUAGAUUAAAAGACUCAAGUGGUUGGCAACAAGGUUUCUUGUCGCCACAUAUAGAUAAUUGUAUAGAACGAAUUGCAAUCAAUGCCAAGAUGAACAGUCAAAAUGGUAAUUCUGAUGGUUCUUCAGUUAUGGUCGCCAUAUCUUAUGGAAAUCAAGUACGCCUUUGGGGCGUAUCUGAACAAGGAUCUCGAACAAAUAUUGGUACAUUUAAUUUAAAUGUCCGAGUGGAACAUUUAUUUUUUAUUGGUAGUCAAUUAGUUGCUUUAUCUCCUACUGGUAAAAUUGGAGUGUGGCAUGCGAUGACCCAACAUUGGCAAACUCAAGAUGUUGUACCAAUUGCUUCAUUUGAUACGGCUGGUUCAUUUUUAUUACUUGGGUGUAAUAAUGGUUCUAUUUAUUAUAUUGAUAUGCAAAAAUUUCCAUUGCGUAUGAAGGACAACGACCUUUUAGUAACAGAACUUUAUAAAGAUCCAUCAAAUGACCCCAUCACAGCUAUUUCAGUAUACUUAACUCCUAAAACAAGUGUAAGUGGAAAUUGGAUAGAAAUAGCUUAUGGUACGAGUUCUGGUACAGUACGUGUAAUUGUACAACAUCCAGAAACCGUUGGACAUGGCCCUCAGUUGUUUCAAACAUUCACCGUACACCAAAGUUCUGUAACUAAGGUAACAUUAUCAGAAAAAUUCCUUGUAUCUGUUUGUAGUGAAUACAACCAUGUAAGAACAUGGAGUGUUACCCGAUUCCGAGGUAUGAUUUCUACUCAACCUGGUUCUACACCAGUUGCUUCAUUUAAAAUAUUGUCCCUGGAAGAAGUUGAACCAUGUAUUAGCUAUUGUGCUGGUAACGACUGUGGUCCAUAUGGUGAACAAGAUGAUGAACAAGUAUUUGUUCAAAAAGUCAUGCCAGAAACUUCAGAGCUAUUUGUUCGGUUAGCAUCCAAUGGAAAGAGAGUUUGUAUAAUUCGAGCUGUGGAUUGCACAAUUAUCACGUGUUUUUGUGUUCAUGAAUGUGAAGGUUCUAGUCGUAUGGGAUCUCGACCAAGACGAUUUAUACUUACAGGACAUUGCAACGGAACUUUGCAAAUGUGGGAUUUAACAACUGCUUUAGAUCUGGCAAAUAAGUCACUUCAACCGAUUCCGAAUGGAGGUCCAACAGCUGAAGAACUAUUGCGGUUACUGGAUCAAUGUGAUUUAAGUAACAGUCAUUGUUCCACACCGAGUAUAUCGCCAUAUCCAGGAACAAUAAUAUCUAGAGGAAAUGCUGCCAGACUUAAAGCUUCUAAUGUUGCGUUUCUUAACCAAUCCCAACAAACAGAUGCUUCAACAUCAACAUCUUUAUGAUUAAAAACAAAAAAAUACCAACAAAACUACUUAAAAGAUAUUGAGUAAAUAAUUAAUAUUUUGAUUAUUUUAUACUUUACUUAAUAAUUUAGUAGUGUUUUAAGUAUACAUUUAUUUUAUUGUAUUUAAAAAUCUGCAAAAAUUCAUUUUUUUUUAUUAAUUGAAAUUUAUGUUGAAAUAAAUUAUUUAAAUCUUACGUACAAAGUUUGAUUUGUAAUAAUAAUUACACUAAAGCUGUGACUUAAAUUUUAUAAAUAGUUACUAAUUAGUGUUUAAAUUUUAAACUGAAUUUGCUCCUAGAAAUUUUACACAUUAAUGAACAAAAAUGUAUUUAUGGUUAUUCGAUAAACGUAUUUUAUUGGCUUUCCUUUUUAAUGUAUAAAACUCAUUAAAAGUUCUUUUAUAAAAAUUAUUAUUG